AUGGCUCAAUUCGAAGCCCAUGAGAACGAUGUAACGGAACAAAUUAAAACAAUCGGGUCGAACGAACCGGCAUCGAAAGGUUGGCAAGCAUUCCAAGUCGUAUUUUGGACGUGGCUGACGGUGGUGACUGUUGUUGGGAAUUCUUUGGUGCUUCUGUGUAUUGCGUUUAAAAAGCGACGAAAUUCGUCCAUGUUUAAGUUUUAUGGGAGCCUUGCCUUGGGAGAUCUGAUCGUAGGUGAGUGAAACAUAAAGGGUAGGUCAUAAAGGGUUAACUAAUGAUGGCAAAAUUUUUCGUCACAUGUCUAAUCGAGAAGUUAAUGAUUUGUUCUUCGAAUUACAACAGCGGCGCAAAUAAUUUGCAUGCAGAGCUAGUAAACACUUGAAUAAUAUACCUGCUCAAUCAAUUAAGCCGCAAAACCAAAAUUUCUUAUGCUAACGUAAUUUUUUUCAACCCCGUAUUCAGCUGUACUAAACUAUUCUGUAAAGAUAGUGCAUUAUUUACAAAGAAAACGGCACGCAAACUACAUCAGUCAAUUACGAAAAAAUACUAAAAUUCCUUACAUUCUGAAAUUUAGAUUCUAAAAAUUACCUCCAUUAAUUAAAUCAAUAUUUUUCAUUUAUGGAGAUUACUCACUAUCAUAGCUUUUUGGAAGAAAUAUAAAAAUAUAUAAAUUUAUUAAUGAUCUACAUGGUUAGUUUUUAUUGUGAUGAAAUUCAUUAGUCAUAUUUCCGAUGUUCUGUUUCGCAGCAAGGACAUUUUCCAGAUUAGAAAACCACGCUGCCGCUUGACUUCCUUUGAUAAUUGGCACUAGUAAAUAUUAUCUUUCACUCUAAGUAAAUAAUUGUACGAAAUUCAAAAGGUUGAAUACAAACAGUAGUGUUUAGAUGUCAGAUCCUUUCUUAUUUUAAUUUAUCUGACUGAAUAGAGUUUCGUGACCUGUGCCCUGUCUAUCGAUAUAAAUCAUACGUCUUUUCUUUUUUUAUGUAAACCAAUGGAAAUUAUUUUUUUUGCUUUUUUGAAUCUAGAGCAGCUUCCUCUUGACUUUCUCAAGGAAAAUAAUUAAUUAAAACUCUGGAACGUUUAGCUAAAGAAUCGGCCAUAAAAAAUUACCUGGUGACCUUUAGACUUAAAAUGGUGUAUAACAGUUUCAGGAUUUCCGAGCUCACGUUCUCGCCUCGGGGGCUUUCACGUACACAUUUUGCACAAUUUUGAUCUAUCUUCGUCCUCACCUUAUCACAAAUCGUCCCUUGAAAACCAACCUUAAACAAAAAUAACUUCAGUUGAAAAUAUCUGCCAUCAUUCUGAAGAAUAGUUUUGAAAAAUUCUUGAACUUUACUACAAACAUUUCUUUUGUGCUUGUUUCAUUUUAAGACUCGCGCUUACUGUCUGGUAUGAUAUCGGAUUAGUUUCAUAAGUGACGUCAGCAGAUCACGUUUACAACGACACGUAACGCGUACGUAACGCCAUUUUAAAACACAGGAUUUUCCCUUGCGCGUUGUUUCCGUGCACUUUGCGCACAUUUUCGCCAGCGAUAGAGUCGAAGUUGGAGUCGGAGUUGAAGUCGGAAUCGCGAAAGGGCUCACGACAAGGCGCAAACGGAAGAUCGAAAUCGAAAGCAGUCACCAUAGAUAUACUACAUUCAUAACAGAGUCGGAAAAAUUAAGCCAUCUUCAUUUCCUCCGGUACUGCGGCGCCUUAUUUAAGACUAUUGUUGGAGUGGCAAGCAGAAGCAGUAGAAUCCAGCAAUCACAAGCCAAGCCAAGCAUACACUUAACCUUGCAAUAGAUUCAAAAGUGACGUCGGUUUUCUCCUUCUAAAUCCUUGGGUUUGAUUUUCACUGAAUCGUAUCCUUCUACAUUGCACUUCUAAUCACGACUCUGACUAAGACGCUCUCGUUGGUGCAACCAGCCUUAAGUUCGAGUAGCUGGUAGAAGGAAGCGCCGAAUCGGCGUCAAACAUGACUGCUUGUGUCGGUGUGAAGGCGUAAUGACCGCGAAAAGAAGUCAGCGCGCGAGGGAAUUGCGGUUCCACCUCUUUUACGUCCCCACUACCGACACCUGCGUGGGCAACUUUACAAUGGCUUGAUGACAUGCCACACCGAAAUUGAACGUCAUCUGAUUUAUCGUUGUUGUCAGAUGGACGUCAUCUGAUUUAUCGUUGAUGUCAGAUGGUCAAUCAAUACCCAAACACUCAUACACACACAAACACACACACACACACCACAAAUGAUAUGCACUUCCAAAGUGGCGCGUUUCUAUAUAAAUGGCUUAUACCAUUAUUGGAUCGUGAUUCGAAAAUUUUUUUGUUAUUGAGUAAUGCUACACGGUAUCUCCGUCAGUAGAGUUGCGAUAUAGUUCAGAGAUAAGCUGUAAGCUCCCUGAAUGAACCGGCCCUAAUCUAGUACGCGUACGCAUUUUCUAAUGGGAAAUGGGAUAUGGGUACUAGAUUAAUAUUUUUAUGAACGAAACAAAAGGGUGCUUUUCCUUUUCGGCACAAACUAAACAGUUUCCAUAUCUCUUUCCAGGGAUUUUUUGCGCUCCCCUUCUACUAGCAGCAGCAUGCCGCCAGCAGUGGAAGAUGGGAAACGCUCUGUGUUACGCUUACUCCACUGUGAUUUCAUUGUCUCUCAACGUCUCCGUCAUGACUUUGUUUCUAAUCAGCUUAGACCGCUUAAACGCCGUUUCAAAGCCUCUCCAGUAUAGAGCAAAAGAAACCUUCACGCAGAAAUGGGCAUUAUGGCUCAUUCUCUUCACCUGGCUACAUUCCAUAUUCUGGGCAGCGGCGCCCUUGGUGGGCUGGGGAGAGAUAAUCAAUGACGAAAUUACCAACUCCUGCAAGCCUAACUGGUCAGCGAAAGGACUCAAAAAUGGUACGUACUCCAUGGGAUUAGCAGUAUUUCCCUUCGCUAUUCCUGUGUUGUCGAUGAUAGUUGUGUAUAUAAUGAUAUAUUAUAGGUCGAAAGUGAGCAAUCGUUUCAUCAGAAAUAGAUCACAGACCUUAGCCGAUGAAGAAAAAAAGCGACGAAAGCAACAAAAUGCUAUAUUACGGACAGUGUUAGUAGUCGUGGGUAUGUUUGUGUUUUGUUGGCUACCCUACACCAUCGCUACCAUGUUCAAACUGUUUUUCCGCGCCCUUCCACCCACGUGGUUAGUUCAUCUGGGUUUAAUGCUUGCCACUGCGAACAGUGCGGCUAACCCCGCGAUAUACUCAGCAUUUGAUAAGAGUAUGCGGAACGAGUUCAAGCGAAUGUUACUCAUUUGUCGCAAAAAACGGGACACGCUAGAAGAGGAUGGGGUGCGAAGUCGGCGAACCAGCUCAAACAUGGCUACGUGGAACUAUACGAUCACAAGAAUAAGCGACGAAACUGUCAACAAGAUUAUUAAUAAGGAUACGAAGGAGAUGAACGGUAAUAAUUUACCAAGAAAACAAACGAUGACAGACUCUUACAACAAUAUGAUCGAGUUGUUCGUUAAGGACAUCGGUCAAAAAUGGGAAAACCCCUCGAGAGAGACUUGGGUAUAG